GGGGGUCAGAAUACAUGAAUGCAAUUGGUGUCUUCAUUGCUUCACAUUCGUUAUUCCAGCACAGACAACAUGUGUGAGGACUGCGAAUGCCUGAGGCAGAGCUUAAUCAUUACACACACACACACACACCCACGUUUCUCCUUGGAGUACAUAGACAGGCACCCGUCUAUAAAGGCUGCACCCAAUACAGUACAGGUUAAAGAGAGCACAGUCUCUUUCACACACACACAUCACCGAACAAGUCGGACACACACUCUCCUCCUGGGAUAUGAACACCUUCAUUCUCACCUGCCUCCUCUGCCUUGUACUUUACAGUGUUCUUGGCGCUCAGGGAUCUGAAGCCUCAUCCUCCGGAGAGUUAGGGGCCGUGACAGGGACUUCGGCCUCUGGGGAAGGCCUCCAGGUCUUGCUGGGCAAUGCCGAUGAGGACGAUAUUGACCUAGAGGAACUUGCAAGUGAGUUCCUCCGAGAUGACAGAAAGAGAAAAAAAGGCAAAGGCAAGAAGAAGAACAAGCAGAAGAGCAGGAGCACCACUGCAUCCAACCCCGGGCACACGUUCUUUACAUCCACCAUUGAAACCACAGAGGACCCCUGCACCUCCACCCACUUAGGCUACUGCAUUCACGGCUACUGCAAGCGCAUGGAGGGCCUGCGGGAGCCUGUGUGCAUUUGCAUGAAGGGUUACGACGGCGAACGCUGCGGGAUCCAAACUCUGGAGACGAUAAGAAACAAACCAGAACACAUCCACGACAACGUCGAGUGGGUCCAGAUGCCCUUGGUGAUCACCGCCCUGGUUCUGUCCAUCUUAAGCUGCACUGGCGUGCUGCUCAUGGCCUGCACACAUUACAGGUCACAUAAAAACAUUCUGGCGUCCUACCUGGGUAGCUGGUCUGAGCAACAGAAGCUGCAGAAACCUACCAGUGAUGUAAUGGUGUGACGGAACACAUGAAAAGGAGGCAGCCGCAUCUCCUCCAGACGACCAGAAGCUGAAGAUUGAAUAAUUGCUACAUUAGAUGCAGCAUAAACUGUCCACAAUUUAGCACUUAAUUUAUUUAGUGUGAUUAUUUAUCUGUAUGAGUGUUUGUAUGUUGAAUUAUUAUUAUUUCCAUUAUUAUUACAUGAUUGUCUGUAUGUGAGGAUGCUGAGCGUUCAGUUCACAGACAGUUUUAUUUAUUGCACUGCUCUUGUUAUAUAUAUAUAUAUAGGUCAGAGAAACUGUCAUUAUCUAACUGUGGGAAAAGAUGAGGUGACAUUUGAACAAUAAAAUGU